AUGAAGACAGCCACUUCUCUUUUGGUUGUUGCAGCCUCGCUUGCGGGUCAGACGAUAGACGCUCUCUCUUUGCCAUCGACGACGCCAACACAACAACAACAACGAAGAGAUGGAAGUGGACCGAGGGUUGUGGGGAUGGAUAUUCAGAGGAGGACGCCCAAAAACCCAUUACAUCGAGAUCAUCUAAGAAAGAGAGGGAGCGUGGAGGUCGAUUUGGACAAUCAGGAAACCCUCUACUUCAUCAACGGCACAAUCGGCACCCCACCAAAAUCCCUCCGUCUACACCUCGACACCGGCUCGUCCGACCUCUGGGUCAACACCCCAUCCUCCUCCCUAUGCACCCAGUCCUCAGCGCCCUGUAAAUACGCCGGCACUUACUCGGCCAACGGCUCAAGCACGUACGAGUACAUCGGCUCCUGGUUCAACAUCUCCUACGUCGACGGCUCCGGCGCCUCGGGGGAUUACGUUUCCGACACCGUCACCUUUGGCGACGCCACGCUGGACAGGUUGCAGUUUGGCAUAGGAUACUCGUCCAACAACGCCCAGGGCAUCCUCGGGAUAGGGUACCCGAUCAACGAAGUCCAAGUCGGCAGGGCAGGAAUGAGACCUUACAACAACCUCCCCGCGCAAAUGGUGGCCGACGGGCUGAUCCAAACAAACGCUUAUUCCCUGUGGCUGAACGACCUCGACGCUGACACGGGGAAUAUUCUGUUUGGCGGUGUCGACACGGAAAAGUUUGUUCCCCCGUUGAUGUCCCUCCCGGUGGAAUCCGAGGCGGGGGUGUACGCCGAGUUUAUGAUCACGUUGACGAAAGUCGAGCUCGGCUCGGCGCAGGUAGGCGGCGAUCUCGCCUUGGCUGUGCUGUUGGAUACCGGCAGCAGCUUGACGUACCUCCCCGACCGGAUGGUGCAAGAUAUUUUCGACCUUGUCGACGCGCAGUACGAUCCUGAGGCUAACGCGGCGUAUGUUCCUUGCUCGCUUGCCGACAAUGAGACUGCUGUUUUGUCGUUUACGUUUACGGAGCCGACGAUCAAUGUGGGGAUGGAUGAGCUUGUGCUCGACCUUGUGACGAGCUCGGGGAGGAGGCCGGUUUUUAGUGACGGGACGGAGGCGUGCCUGUUUGGGAUUGCGCCGGCGGGGGAGGGGACGAAUGUGCUGGGGGAUACGUUUUUGAGGAGUGCGUAUGUGGUUUAUGACUUGGAGAAUAACGAGAUUUCGUUGGCGGCGACGAGGUUCAACAGUACGGGGACGAGGGUUGAGGAGAUAGGGAAGGGGGAGGGGGGGGUGCCGGGGGCGACGAAGGUGGAGAAUCCGACCAAGGCGACGGAGGGGUUGGAUGGGCCGAAUGGUUUGGGGGGGAUAAGUGCUGGGAAUAAGAGGGGUUUGGAGGUUGGGGUGGUGUGGUUGGUGGCGGGUAUGGUGGGAGUUUUGCUGGUGGUCUAA